CCUAUCAAGGUCGGGGCUGCAUGAGGCUGUCAGCCCAUCCGAGGCAAAUGCCUUGGCACGCCUGGCUGAGACAGCCCAAGGACGACGACAGAGCCUGGGACGGGCCCGUCAUGCCGGAAGGCCACACAAGAAGGGCAGGGGCAACACAGCCCAGCAGCGUGGCCAACCAUGCCACAGCAUCAGCAGCACAACGUACCCACACCGGGGCCAUCACUUCCAGACCAACAGCAGCAGCACAGCGGCAACGCCAAUCAUCUGCCUCGAGGCACGCGCAUGCUGCUGCCGACGAGUAGUGAGGCGCUGGCGGCACACGCCUGGCGCCUGGUGGAGAGCGGCGAGGGCCGCGGCCCCUUCUGCAGCCCCCGCGACGGCUGCGCACUGCGGCGGGUGCCGGAGCCGGUGCGCCUGAGCGCGGCACAGGCGACAGCCGCGCUGCGCCGCGCUCUGGACCAGCGGGCCGAGUUGCGGAUGGAGAUGGCGGCGCGGCUGACGUCAGCGACGCGGCGGCAGCCAGCAGGGGCGCCUUUGUCGGGGCCGCCGGCGGCCUUGCUGGCGGCGGCGGGUGCCUCGCCGAUGCCGUCGGUGGCGGCGGGGCGGCCGGUGCCACCGCAGCGGCGGCGGCUUGCCUCGCCGCCACUACCCAGCAGGUUCGCACCUGCCGCCGCCGCCACCGCCAGCGCAGCAGCACAUCGAUUGCACGAAGCAGCAGGGGCCCCGGUGACAUGCAGCAGGCCGGCAGAGGCAGCAGUAGGACCGGCGGCGGUGGACGGUGACGGGGCGGCGGUGCUGCCGCUGCGGUCGGUGCCGCGGCGUGCACUGCUGGCGUGGCUGCGCGGCUGGGCCUACCUGCAGCAGCACCUGGACGGCGGCGGCGGUGGCGCCGCAGCUACUGCCGCUGAGGGGAGGGGCAGCGGCGGCGGCAGUAGCGGCUGUAGCACGGCGACGGGCGCCGGAGGCGGUGUGGGAGUCAGCCAUGGCUCACUGCUGGCUGCGCAGCAGGCUCUCAAGGACGCCAGGGCCGCUGUCGCGCACUCAGCCGACAUGCCCAUGUCAAUAGCAGCCCCCGCUGCCGCCGGCAGCAGCCAUCAGGCCGGCUCGCACGGCGGCGGCGGCGGCGGCAUGAGCAGUAGCGGCGGCGGCGGCGGCGGCUGGCCGUCGGCGCACCUGUUGCUGGCGGCGGCGCAGGCGGCGGCGGGCGAGGCGCCAGAGGCCGUGGCCUUGUCCUGGCUGCGUGCACGCGGCCUGCUUGCAGCGCCGGCAGCGGCAGCAGCAGCGCCGCCGCGGCUAGCAGCUAGACCAGCCGCCACCUGCGCCCUCCCGCAUCCCGCGACCGGCGUGGACAUGGGACACAAGACCCAGCAGCAGGAGGAGGCGGAGCAGGAGGAGCAGGCGGAGGAAGCAAGCGCGGGGACGACGGCGGCGGUGCACUUGCUGGCGGCGCAACGUGAGGCGGCGGCGCAUGGGCUGGAGGCGGCGGUGGCGGUGCUGCCUGAGGACGCGUGGGAGGCGGUCCGCGACGGCGGCGAGAAGGGCCUGCUCGCGCUGCUGGCCCGGCGUGCUGAGGAGCGGCUGCCCGAGUUCCUGCGGCCGCGCCCCCGCUGGCACUACUACAACGCCUGGAUGCGGCAGCGCAUACUGGCGGUGCUGGACGCCGCGGAUGGGGCGGCAGCGGCGGCCGCAGCACCAGCCACAGCCGCGGCCCCGGCUGCAGCUGACCUGCCGCCGCCGCUGUCGCCGCCGCCGGGUGUGCAGGAGGAUGGCGGCGUGGCGGGCGGUUGGGGCGGCUGCGGCGGGCAGUUGGCGUGGCGGGCGGCGGUGGUUGAUAAGCUGUUGGCGGCAACUGACGCCAACGACCUGGAUCUGAUGCUGCAGCACCCGGUGCUGCUGCUGGCCCAGGCCGAGGAGUACCGGCGGGUGCUGUUGCUUCAGGGCGGGGCCGCCCUGGCCGCCCACACGCCCCAGCCGUUGGCGUGGGAGGAGAUGCAGCAGGCGGCGGGUGGCGGCCUCGAGGGACUUCCCAUCGGCUACCAGGCGUCAUCCGCCUCCGCUGCUGGUGGCCCCGCCGGCCCCGCCGGCAGCGCUAGCCCCGCCUCCAGGUUUGCCGCCGCGGCAGCCGCCCUGUCCGCAAUGCAGCGCCUGCCCCUGCCAGCGGGCCUCGCAGGCAAACCCCUGGCUGUAGCGGCGCCGGAGCCUGUGCUGCUACUGGAGGCGGCGGAAGGGGGAGGCGCGCUCGAGACGGGGGCGGCUGGUUUCGUGGGCGACCGCAGCGGUGUGAUGGAUGACUGCGCGCUCCUGCUGGCCCCUUCCACGCCGCGGCCUGCGGCGUCGCAGGGGGCGCAGGGUCGGCGCAUGCUCCUUGGCGCCAUGCUAAGGAAUGGCGGUGAAGAGACCGGCUGUUUUGGCAGCAGCCAGUUGUUGGAUUCGGCGGCACUAAGCUCUGCGGAUGUGCCCCCUCCGCCGCUGGCCGCGGAGGCGCCGGACUCUGGCCCAGUUCCCCAGGCUGCUCAUACCAGCUCAGCCGCACCGUACAGCCUAUUUGAGCUAGAUUAGCGUACCAAGCGCUUGUAGGAGGGCGUGCCGUGCGGGAGAUGGUUUACAGACUGGACAAAAAAAGGGCGCUGAAGCUGGACAUGGUGACUGUGUCAGGGAAGACUUCGUGCAGGAGAGCAGUUUUGCUGAGCAUAAUGUUGCUGUAUAGCUUUCAGAGUGUUGCAAAUGCCUGUAUGCCAGCUUUGCAGCAUGGGGGUGGCACGGACGCGGAUGGCCCCGUAAACUGGCCGACGACCCUAAAUGCGGGGUCGAUUCUCCAGAGAGCGAUUUUGAAUGUGAAAUUUAUAUCAGUGUAAAAAGCUCAUUGCGCUUAAUACAAGCAUGCAUUAAUAUCAAGAAGCAUUCAGGCACGCCCUCGCACCCCCCGUCCUGUACACCGCAAGGCGACAACCAUGAUGUAACUCGGUCGGCCU